AUCGAGUGAACAAUUGUUACCACUGGAUAUAAAAUCCUUUCACACAGUGUCGCGAGAUAAUAAGAAAAGUACAGUAUCAGAGAAGGACACACUGUCUGCUGAAAGAGCAAUGCUUGCUCAAAGCAAAUCGUCACAGCAUUGUGUUGCAAACGGUGAAGAGUAGACAAAAGAAAAUUUUACCAAAGUGACCAAGUUUUUUAUAAAUCUCAAUUCGACGAAUAUAAUCGAACAGUAUGGCGAGCGUAACUUUGACACAGUGUUCGCCAGCAAAAUCGACGCUGAGUUGUUGCCAAGGCGAGGAUGGAAGUAACGAGAAUGUGCGGGUUCAGCAUACGAGUAAUAACAAUUAUCUCCUCCAGGAGAAACAUUCAUUCCCGAAACGACCAGAAGUUGAUUUGGCAUUCAAGAACGUCAGAUACCAAGUCAAAGAGUGGAGUAUUCGGAACGUGAUUCCAGCAACGAAAGAGAUCCUUCACGGUGUCAGCGGUGAAUUCAGAGCCGGUGAAUUGGCUGCAAUAAUGGGACCAUCGGGUGCUGGAAAAUCAACAUUGUUAAACGUGCUUGCCGGCUUCAACGUCUAUGGUGCGGCGGGUGAAAUUUUGGUCAACGGAAGGGUGCGGGUCGCUCACAGUGAAAGGUGGAGACGAACUUCCUGCUACAUCCAACAGGAUUCGCAUCUUCGGGCAGGUUUAACGGCUGGAGAGGCGAUGACCCUAGCAGCGCACCUCAAACUGGGCUACACAAUUAGCUCGGCUUACAAACACACGCAGGUAUUAGAGCUUCUCGAAAUGCUGGGCUUGAGCCACUGCUACGAAACACUUUGCGGUCGUCUGUCUGGUGGGCAGAAAAAGAGGCUUGACAUAGCCCUUGAACUUCUCAGUAAUCCCUCGGUUAUCUUUCUUGACGAGCCUACAACAGGUCUCGACUCGGCAUCGUGUAGCCAGUGCAUUGCACUUUUGCGAAGGUUGGCCAAAAUCGAGAGGCGCACAGUAGUUUGCACGAUUCACCAGCCGAGCGCGUUACAGUUUGAAAUGUUCGAUUCUCUCUACGCUCUCUCGGCUGGCCAGUGUAUUUACAGAGGACCGGUGCAAUAUUUGGUACCUCAUCUCUCCUCCAUUGGAGCACAGUGUCCGUCUUAUCACAACCCCGCCGAUUUCCUGAUGGAAGUAGCGAUCGGCGAGUAUGGUAUUGCGGUAGACAGUUUAGCGAUGGCAGUGAACGAGUCGUCCUGGAAUUUCAAAAAGCCAGCAAUCACGGACUCUAAGCCUAAUGCUGGAAUUGUUCUAGAACCAAUUCCCAAGGAACCACCACCCCCGGCUGGCUUUCUCGCCCAGUGUUUUCUCCUCUACAGACGUAAACUGCUCUGCCUCAAGAGGGAUUAUACUUUACUGGUAGUGCGAUUGCUCUGUCAUCUAUUCAUCGGUGUGAUAUUUGGUUACCUCUACAGAGGCAGCGGUUAUCGUGCCAACGGUGUCCUCGCCAACUACGCAUACCUCUAUGGAUCAUUAUUGUUGAUCGUUUACACGGGGAAGAUGGCUGUUACCCUAGCUUUUCCAUUGGAGAUGCAGAUUCUCACGAGGGAGCACUUCAACCGAUGGUAUCGACUGGCUCCGUAUUAUCUCAGUACCUUGAUGUUCGAGGUACCUUUUCAGGCCGCGUGUGCUGCCACUUAUUUGGCGGUCAGUUACUGGCUUACAGGCCAACCGAUCGAGUCGCAUCGAAUUUUGUCCUUUUUAAUCGUCAGCAUAGCUGCCAGCCUCACUGCUCAGGCCUGGGGCUUCUUCAUUGGAGCAACGACGCCAGUUAGGAUUGCUGUGUUCGCUGGGCCCAUAAUUGCGGUGCUCUUUUCGGUAUUCGGAUUCUGCAUACGCUACAUGGACACGCCGUCUUACUUCCGUUGGCUCUUUCACAUAUCCUACUUCAGAGCCGGAUUUCACAGUCUCUUGUACACUGUUUACGGAUUCGGAAGGAAAGAUUUGAGCUGCGACGACAUUUACUGCCAUUAUAAAAAACCCAACAUAUUUCUCAGUGAAAUGGAAAUCAGCGACACGAACGUUGUCAACAAUUUUGUUCUGAUCGUCGUAAUUGGCGUGUUGAUGCACUUGCUUACCGCUAGUGCUUUGUGGUGCAAGUUAAAUCGGAGAUAAGAACUGUUAUGCACAUAAUACAUGGCUUUGAUAUCAGUCGACACUUCACAGCAACUCUUCUACUCUACGUUGUUACAUUUUUGACGAGGUGAGCUUUUGAAAUUUGAAAUCAUCUCGAACGGAUUAAGCGGCAACUCGAUACAGGGUAGUAGUCCAGUCGUAGAUUACGAAGGAAUGUCUGUAUAAUGUAGAAUGUGCAAGUAUUUUUAUAAUGGACGCUGUGAUAGUACAUCAAUUUCUGAUACCACACCGGUUAAAAAAUUUUUUUUUGCCAAGGUUUGAGGUCUAAUUUGAUUGGAACGAUUGUGCCGAGACAUCAGACAUUUAACUGGAAUAUCAUUGUAUUGUUUUCUUUCACGUAUUAUCGUUGAGAUUUUGCAGCAAGUAGAGAGAGAGAGAGAGAGAGAGCUGUCUCACUAAUUGACAAAUGAUUGUAAUUAUCGAUGCAGCGUUGAUUACAUAUUAUAUGAAUAUUAUUGAUUAUGACACAGAUCGAUAGGUUAACAAUAAGAUAGGAGUUGUGGAAACCGCUCAAGUGCUUUAAAAACUAUUUCUUAUCUUAUAGUUCUAUCGUAAGCGUAACGUUACCGUGCAUAGAUUACCAUCCAUAAGUUGGAAAUUUUUUUCACAAGGUAGAAAAGCGAGAAAUUUUACAGGGUGAAGCGUUCCUCGAUUUGUAGGCAUAUAUGUUGUGAUAGCGAGAUAAUUUUAUGAUAAUUCAAAAUUCAAGCGGAGGCGUUGAUUUAUGUAUUUUUGUAUUGUUCGCACCUUAUCAAAAUAUAAUGAAAUUAAAUUAUUAGAAAA